CCCGUCGGGACCAUGGGGUGCUGCCCAGGGGACUGCUUCACCUGCUGCCCUCAAGACCAAGACUGCUGUGAAGUGUGCUGCUGCCAGCCCGCCUGCUGCGGCUGCUGUGGUUCCUGCUGCGGCUGCUGUGGUUCCUGCUGCGGCUGCGGGGGCUCUAGCUGCGGAGGCUCUGGCUGCGGAGGCUGCGGGAAUGGCUGCUGCGGGAGUGGCUGCUGUGGCUCCGGCUGCGGCUCCGGCUGCGGGGGCUGCGGGAGCGGCUGCUGUGGGUCCAGCUGCUGCGGCUCAUCGGGGUGCUGCGGUCCUGUCUGCUGCCAGCCUACGCCAGUUUGCGAGACGAAGUGAAGCCCUCUGCCCCCUCCUCGGAGCUGGCCCUAGCAAAGCCUCCACCUGCUGCAGGUGGAGAGACUCCUUGUCUCCAGGACAUUCCUGGCUCCCAAGACAGCGUCCUGCCUCCGUGUUAUUUGUAGACGAGGGCUUGUUCUCCAAUGCCUGCCCUGGUAUUUCAAGGUCCUGAGAGUAAGAGCCAUAUGCUGGUGAGAGAAUGGAAACUGGGUCCCAUCCAAAGUGAUCCCCGAAGCUCGCAGGGUGACUCCCCAUGGCUUUAUUUUCAUGGACUUAAAUGUCUUGUCACUGGAAGGCAUCCUCUUCCUCAAGGUGGCUUUGGGACUGACCCUUCUCCUCAGCUUUCUGCUGCUUUUGAGUGCAAACGUUUCUCUUUGUUAACUUCUUAAUAAAUUCGA